UUUACAAAGGGUUGCUGACGUCAUGAUCAUAUUUACCUUCAUGCAUCUUGCUGAUGCUGUAGCGGGUGUGGCUGGAGGCGUUCUCAGAGGAGCAGGAAAACAGGCGAUUGGAGCUCUGUGUAACCUGGUGGGAUACUACUUCAUUGGUUUCCCUAUCGGUGCGUCCCUAAUGUUUGCAGCAAAUAUGGGCAUUGAAGGGCUGUGGACAGGACUCACCAUUUGUGUGCUAAUGCAGGCGAUAUUCUUUGUCACAUAUUUGAGCAAACUUGAUUGGAAGAAGGCUGCUGACGAGGCUCUUGUGAGAUCAGGAGUCCAGAUCAAAGAAGAAAAGGAGGUGGUGAGGAUAGAAAAUCCAGACUCGGAUCAGAACCAGUACGAGGUCUGCACUGCUACUUUCCAUUGUGAGAGUUCUGAGGAGGGCGGAACACCUCAGGAUCCGAGUGUCCCAGGCCAGAACAAAUCCACCACCACCACAGUGGGAAACGUUCUGUCAGUCCAGCAACUGGUUUUACGCCGUGGACUCACACUGCUGCUUAUGAUCGUCAUCCUCGUGGUCGGGGUCUUCGCAAGUGAACUUUUCACCAGGCUGCUGAAAUGAGUCGUCGCAUGAUUUAAGAUCAAUCCUGAUGGCUGUCCCAUGAACAAGGUGCAUUACACAAUAUUUUCACCUUGUGGUGAAAGGGUUACUGGUGCUGUGGAUACCGAGGAUCUAGCUUUGCACAGCGUUUGGCCAACAACCCUCUCAUGUAACUGGACAACAGCUCUAUGGCUGAACUAAACAAGGUAUAAGGCGUGGAAUAAAGAGGCCGAGAUUGAUUUUUUUUGUAGGACAGCAAUGGGAAACUUCACCUAAUAUGGCACAUAAAGGAUGAAAAAUGCUUGAUGCAACUCAUGCAUUUCUUGAGGUAUGCCGUGUUUGAAUAGCCAUAACAAGCACCAUGAGUAAAAGGCUGUGUUAUGUAUCACAGUGGAACAUGCCAAAGUAAGGUAGGAGGAAUGAAAAAGGGAAAUGUGUUGACGAUGUUUUGACUUUAAUGGAUCAUGUGACAUGAGUUUACACACUGUGCCUUGGGUUGAAAUGAAAAUGACCUGUAUUUUUAUAGUUUUUAAGUUAAGAAUUGCUUGGAUCCAUUUUCUUUUUUCACACAUUAACCCACAUCGUAUUGGGUGAGAAUUGUGCCAAUUUACGUUCAAAUAUUUCAUACAUACUACCUAGCUUUUUCAUUCGAAGAAGGCCUAAAAGCAGCGAUAUAAGUGAUACCAUUUUGAAGGUCUCUUGAAAAAUGUUUUGCAUCUGUAGUUUACCAGGUCAUUUGAGCCCCUAACACUGACCAGAGGGACUCUACCCUUAAGGUGUGUGCUGCUGAGGACCCAAGGUAGUACAUUGCCCCCGACCUCGCUUGGCCCUGCAGGAGUUUGGUAAGCGCAUGCGCCAUAGACUUGUACAAAAACAAAACAAGAGCACAGCCAUGUCCGCUAGCAACCACUACAGGACGUAAGUGUAUGUUUUCUUUCAUUAAAUAGCAGUGUUUUAACAGAACACAAGUGUAAUAAGUAAUAAUGACAGAAUGUGGCUGUUUGCAGGUAAUUAUGUUUCUGGUAGACAACCCCAUGGCCAAAAAUUACCUGACUUUAGGAACAACAUAUGGUGAGUUGUGAGGUCUAACACUGCAUUGGGCUUUUUGAGUGUUAUUGAUGGGUUUUUAUAAAAUGGUCAAGUCUGAGCUGUAACCUCAUACGGUAUUGGACAAGUAUGCGGGCCGUAUAAGGGUAAGGAACAUAGCACCAUAGUAAAACACUA